GACGCUCUGAAAGGCAGCUUUGUUCAAAUCCAACCCGAUUGCUACAACAAGAACCAGCAGCACCGACUCUUCGAGCACGCAAACUUCCUACACCACACCAGACCACGCCACACCACACCACUUGCUCUGCACAUUCUGCGCAACCACAGCGAUCCGAUCUGUUUCCGCCAUGCCCCCCGCCCCCGGUCAAGAAGAACCCGUGAAGCGGAUCACCAAGAUCGUCAAUUCCCUGCUGGCGAACGAGGACUGCGCCCCCUUCCGGGAACCCGUCGACUGGAGGGGCCUGGAGCUCUUCGACUACCCGCAGGUCAUCGAGACCAUGAUGGACCUGGGAACCAUCAAGAGGCGCCUGGAACGGGGCCACUACUCCACGGCGCACCAGGUGGCGGAGGACAUCCGGCUGGUCUGGAGGAACUGCAUGACCUACAACGCGGACGGGUCGGACUUUUGGCUCCUGGCCAAGUCCUACGCCCGGCGGUUCGAGGACCGGUACCGGAAGAUCCGGCAGGAGUACGACGUGGGAGAAACCCUGGACGGGGGGGACGCCGGGGGGGCCAGCGGCGGGGGCCACCCUUCCAAGGCCUCCCGGUCCGGCAGGUCGUCGGGAUCCGGGCACGCUUCGUCGUCCCCGUCCGCUCCGGGGGCUUCCGCUCCGCCCCCCGCCCUCGACGCCAGGGCCCGGUUCGGGAGCAACCUCUUUUUGCUGGGCGGGACGGAGCUGGGGCACGUCCUGGCGGCCUGCGAGCUCGAGUGCCCGGAGGCCCUGGAGACCUGCGGGAACGACAGGUACAAGAUCGAGAUCAACGUCGAUGCCAUCCCCACGGACGUCUUUGCCACCCUCAACACCUACGUCGGCCAAAAGGUGGGGAGCGGCGGUGUCGGGGCGGCCUCGCCCGGGAGCGGCGAGGCCGGGGGAUCGGGGAGCGGGGGCCGGAACCGAAAGAAGCAGCGCAAGUGAGCCGGCAGGCAGCCAUUGCGGUGCCUCCGUCCGUCUUCGGAGGGGGCGGCCGUCGCCGAACGAAGCAAUCCAACACCGUGUACUCUUGUAAAAUAUAACUA